GUCACCCAGUUCUUCCACUCUGCACUGACCGGAUGACCACACGUCUACUCGCGGAGAUAUGGACCUAAUAAUUUAACAAGUCGCUAUUGGAUUUUUAUCGGCAUUAUCAGUUUGAUUUGCAGGUGUGCGAUGGGGAACUCGUAUGCAGGCCAGUUGAGGACCACACGUUUUGAGGAGGUGCUUCAUAACUCCAUCGAGGCUUCUCUCCGCUCCAACACUGUGGUGCCACGGCCUGUCUUCUCACAGCUCUACCUGGAGGCAAAGCAGCCAACCCUGCACAAUGGCCGGGUAGAGAAUGAGGAUGAGGAGGAGGAAGAUGGCUCAGAGUCCAACAGCCCUCCCGUCCCGUACAAGAUGAAGCCCCCGCCAGAGGGAUGCUGCACCACGGACGGAUUCUGCCAGGCGGGUAGAGACCUGCGUCUAUCCUCCCUGGUGUCAGAGCCUCAAGACGUGCCCCCAGGAUUCCUGCUGGUAGGGGCCCUGUCUGCAGGCGCACCAGACACCCUGCUGGUGUGUGCAGUCGACCGCAGGUUCCUGCCCGAUGAACGGGGAUGCAACGCACUGCUGGGGUUCUCGGGGAACUGUAUGGGUUGUGGAGAGAAGGGUUUUCGCUACUUCACAGAAUUCUCCAACCACAUCAACCUGAAGUUGAGCACCCAGCCCAAGAAACAGAAGCACUUAAAGUACCAUCUGUACAGGAACAACCAGGGACAGCUGGUCAGAGGGGCUGCUAUCUGCUGGAAUAGCCUCGGUGCUGGUCUGAAGGGACCCCAGCUCCUAGACUUUGAGCGUCGGAGUCCCUUGCCAGACGAUGGAACAGGAAAAACAUUACCUCGACGCUCUCCUCAGAACCAGAUGGCGUUUGGCCAAGAUGCGUGUUGUUCCGACUCGCCUUGCCUCAGCUCCCCGCAAACGGCCCUGCUGUUCUCCCAGAGGAUCUUCUUCUGCUUCCGUUUCCAACCAAGCACCUACGACAAAGGGCAAGGGUCCAAGCAGAGCAAGCAGCACUCUCCCGAGAAACGGCUUCCGGAUCGUCCGACUGCGCUCUGUCGCGAGCGGCGCGGCGGUCCAGCACCGACGCGCUGA